GGAGCAGGGCUGGAGGUCCCGCUGCGAGCGGGUCCCUGCCCCAAAGAGAGAAUUUACCUGCCCCACAUAGGGAAUUUCCUCUCGUUUAACCCAGUUUUCUCCAGUUGGGAUUUUCACGCCGCGGUGGUGACAGCUGCCCGCGGCAUCAACCGAAGGGCUCCGGAGAGGGGACACGGGGGGACAGAGCUGUCCCCGCUGAGGAACAGGUGAAGCUGCCAUUCCCAAACCUCUCUGCAAUGGCCUCAGGGAAUGAGGGGGACCCUCCACAGGCGCAGGGACACCGAGGGAGCCACGGGAGCGGGCUCAGCUCAGAAGGCCGCGUGGCAGAGGAGGCCGAGGAGGUGUUCCGGAGCUACGUCUUCUACCGCUACCGGCAGGAGCGCGAGGAGCGAGGGGCAGAGCUGCCGCCGGACCCGGAGAUUGAGCAAAUCCAGCAGGAGCUGGAGAGCAGCACCGGGAGCCAGGUGGGGCAGCGCUUGGCCCUCAUUGGGGAUGACAUCUACAAGAACUAUGAUGACGAGUUCCGCACCAUGCUGGAGACCCUGCAGCCCACCCGCGACAAUGCCUACGAGCACUUCACCAAAAUUGCCUCCAGCCUGUUCGAGAGCGGCAUCAACUGGGGCCGGGUGAUCGCCCUGCUGGCCUUCGGGUACCGCAUGGCCAUGUACGUGUGGCAGCGCGGCGUCAGCGGCUUCCUGCGCCGCAUCGCCCACUUCGUGGCUGACUUCAUGCUGCAGAACCGCAUCGCCCGCUGGAUCGCCCAGCAGGGAGGAUGGGUGAGCGGGGGACAGCUCUGGGAGCAGGGUUUCAGGGGGACCGCGCUGCACCUGGACAAUAUUUACAUGAAGUACAUGCUUGUGGUGACAGCCCUGGUGCUGCUGGGGCACCUGGUGGUGCGGCGCUUCUUCACCUGCUGACGGGGCACGGGGGGGCCUCGAGCACCCCCACUCUGCCCCACAUCCCCCAGCACAGGGGCGACCCCAGGAACCUCCAGGAGAGAGCAUGGCUUGGGGCUGGGACCCUCCUGCUGCAGGUCUGGGGUCUCUGCACCCCCAGGAGUGGACUGGGGAGAUGGAGGGCUCUGCUUUGUUGUGUUUGGUGCCUCAAAAAGCUGAUGAGGAGGGGGAAUCUCUGGGAUGGGGACAUCUCUGGGAUGGGACAUUUCUGGAAUGGGACAUCUCUGGGAGCCCUGGCUCCUCUGGAGGAGCAGAGGGCUGUGACAGUGCCCCCAUGGCAGUGUGUGAUAAUGGCUGUGAGUGCCAGUGUUGGGUCCCCUCCCAGAGCCCCCUCCCCACCUCCCAGCUCCAUCCCUGUGUUUGAAGGGUGAUCCCAGCCCUGGCUACUCCAAUGUUGGAAAUUCCAGCAGGGACAAACAGAGCGGGGCAGCUCCACCUCCCUCUGCUCUUGAGCCCAGCACUUGAGCUUUUUCCAGCCUUUCCACGGCCAUCCCGACCCUUUUCCAUGAAAACCCCUCUGGCCUGGCCCUUGGCCAGUGUUCCCUGCCCCAACCUGGAGCUCCCAGGGCCUCUGAGCUGCCGCAGCUGGGAAGCACCAGCAGCUUCUCCAACGUGAAAAACCUGCAGGUGCCAGGGGCCCUGUCCUCCCCCUGCCCACCAGUUGGGUUCCCUGGCUCUUACUGGGAGGCACUGGAGCUGCAGCCCAUCCCUGGAGCAGCUCCAUGCAGGGACCAGGCUCCUCUGGGCAGGGACUUGUCCUGGUUCCAUUCCUGACCAAUGCUUGAGUGAUUUUGGGGCAAAGAGGGGAGCAAGCUCCUCUCUACCAUCCCAAACCUUCCUCAUUUUUGCAAACCAGGGAAUUCAAGCUGGUUAUUCCCUGUCCUGCCCAAGCUGGAGAUGAAGGAUCCCUCCCUCUUCUCCCCCUGCAGCUGCCUAGGCUUAGCAGGACCAGCCUGAAUUUUCUAACCACUCACAUUUCUCCUGUCCCUGCCUCUUUUUUAACAGAAUAACAAACUUUCCAGCCCAUUUCCAUAUCUGAGCCUGUCAUUUUGCUCCUGGCUGUUCCUGCAGGAUCCCUUUCCCCUGAUGGGAAUGCUCUGGGCUGUGCUUAAGAGAAAAGCAUUUAAAUAUUUGCCAUAUUAUUCCCACUCCUGCUUGCAUGCAUUUGCCCCGUGCAGGGCAGCACAUCUUGGCUGUGCUUGGGUUUUGUGGCCACAGCUCAGGUUUUGUGGCCCUGCUGGCUCCUCUGAGCCCCCCUGGCUGCUUUAUCCCCUUGCAGGUGCAUUCCUCCAAACAAAAUUCCCGUUCCCUUCGUGCCACCCCUUCUCCCAGCUUGGGAUUACCUCGAGUUUCGAGCCCUCCCUCUGCUGUGAACCAGUUUAACCAGUGCAAUCCGUGCUUCCCCACCUCCUCCCAGCUCCUUUUUGGGUGCAAACACCACCAGAUGGAGCCUUUUGGCCACGAUGGGUACGAUCCAGCACUCAUUUCCCUUUUUUCUCCUCACCAGCCCCUUGAUUGACAAAUCAUCGUCUGUUCUCUGCUUGGGUUGUGUGUCCAGCAGGACUUUUUGGAGUCCUUGGUAAAAUACAAAUCAGUGCAUCAGCUUUAA